AUGCAUCGAGACCCUUCUCCACCCUGGGAAAAUAGAUUAAUGAGCGAACGCACUGCCAAUCCGCGCUGGAAGCAGGUCCCGGACAGUCCUUCUUUUGAAUUCAAGACAACGACGGUUGUGUGGAGAGGAAUGGGCGAAAAUACGGUAGCAACUCGUGUAGGCGUAGUUUCCGGUUACUUCACUUACAGAGUUGUAGAUGCUCUGUUUGACCUCGUGGAACACGCAGUUUCUUUCUCCAUUGGGGCAGGUGAGAUAAUGUCUGGGUUCUCUGAAGUAGCUAUGCGUGAAAGGCUUGCCAAGCUCAGACCUCAGCAGGACUCUAUAAACACUUUGUCUUUGUGGUUAAUGCAUCAUCAUCGACACAUGGACGAUAUCGUACAGAUUUGGUUGAAGGAAGUCCGGAAGGAGACGAACUCUUCGCAGAUUGUUAACUUGUUGUACGUUGCCAACGACGUCAUUCAGAAUAGUCGCAAGAAGAAUCCUGAAUUUAUGACAAAAUUUUAUGGUGUACUAGAGCCGGCUUUCAGGCACGCUGCGAAGAUAUCUGGGCCAGAGCUUGAUAAAGCUAUGAUCAAAACACUAAAUGUUUGGAGAGAUCGACAGAUUUAUAACGAAGAACAAUUAGCGCCUUUGGAUGCAGUAAUUAAAAGGCGGAAAUCAAGCAGCAACAGUGGCUCAAAUUCUCACCUGGCUCAUGUCCAUGCACCACUAAUUCCAGAGCUCUUUCCUGCUUCAGCGGCGGCGCCUCCUCCAGAGUACGAUUCGGAAUCAGUUAGCACAAACGUAACCGAGGUGUUGGAAUCACUGAGGAAGCUCGAUUAUCCGCCCAGUGCAGAUGCUGAAGUCAGACACAAGAUUGCUUCAUAUUCCGAAAUGAUUGCUACCCCUCAGUCACUUGACACUAUCAGGAACAGUGCAGAGGCGAAAAAGUUGUUGGCAGAAAUUGAUGAGGCCGAGCCGCUUGUCAAGGAGUAUUGUCAAAGGCUUGCUGAUGAAAUGUUAGAGCGUCGUAAUCUGCAGAAGUUGUUUGAUGAUAUGAUUGUAAACGUUCGCGCGACAGUGGAUCUUCAUGAAACACUCUUGAAGGAAGUCAGAAGAAAGGAGGAACGAGCGAGGAAUGACCUCGCUGAGGUAAGGAAAGCCUUUGACUCGCUCCCAGAUCUCACAGAAGUCACUGAAGAUGCACCACUUCCAUCACUUGAAAAUCUCUUCGAUCUCUAAAGUAUCAAUUGUUUUGUACUAUGUAUUAGCACUAGCUCUGUUAGUGUUAUAUGUAUCACCAUUUUCUGGAUGCGGGUGUGGUAUAAUAUUUUUCAAAGUGUAGUUCAAAUGUACAUAAUUGUUAACUGUUCGUUCUACGUUGUAAGUAUUACUGUUAUGUUUUUCUACUGCCAUUUUCUUUCUGUUAGUAAAAUCUGAGCAAG